AUGCCUCCCGCGACGAAACUAGAUAUCUUCAAUGAGCCGGACUGGACGAAAACCCAUAGCCAUCGGGUUGGUCUGCGCUCGCGCGAUGACCGUUUCCCCGGUCUCACGCACUCGGGAGAUGACUGGCGCUUUGUGCUUGAGGAGGAGGCGGAAGAGAAGAUCGCAGAGCUGAAAAGGAAGGUUGAAAGAGGAGAGCUCCUUACCGUGAGAGAUUUUUUAGCGAAGCAGCAGGAUUUUCAUCUUCAACGGCCAGAGGUCCAUCCGCAGAAUUGGAGAUACGUGCUUCAUACAUCGGAGAAUCAUAUUAAAGAAGAGCAACCUUGGUUCAUAAAUGAGAAGAAGAAGGAAAGGAGGGAGGAGGAGGAGAAGGAUAAGGAGAGAGAGGGUGAGAAUGCAGAGCGAAGAGACUCGAAACUGGACGGUCAGGAUAUGGGCAGGAAGUCUGAUGAGGAUCAAGGCAGUAAAGAGGAACAGGAAGAGCAAAAAGGACUGAGCCCUGAAGAAAAAGAACUAUUGGAGCUUCUGCGCAACGAGGAGGCGCACAUGCGCUCUCUCAAACAAAACACCGGGCAAGGCCACUCGCCUGCGAAGUCUGACUUCCUCCCGGCUGAGAUCGACGAGAUCGACCAGAUGACGCCGGAUAACUGGAUCCCUCGAACAGACCAUCUCAUCCGGAUAACUGGGAAACAUCCACUGAAUGCAGAGCCUGUAGUGACAGAACUCUUUGACGCAGGUCUAAUCACGCCUAACUGGCUUCACUACGUGCGCAGCCACGGCUCGGUCCCUCAUCUGCUCUGGGAGAACCACAGACUGGAGAUAUCGGUGGGCGAGAACAUGACCCUAUUAAUGGAUGAUUUGAAAGACCAGUUCGAGAGUAUCAAUAUCCCCGUCUUCGUUGCGUGCGACGGUAAUAGGCGCAAAGAGCUGAAUAUGAUCAAGCGGAGUAAGGGAUUCAACUGGGGCCCUGGCGCUGUAGGGUGUGCUUACUGGAGAGGCGUGCGGCUGCGAGAUGUCCUGAAACGAGCGGGCAUCAAAGCGUUGAUGAACGAGUACAGUGAAUCGCGUCUCUGGGUGAACUUCCAGGGCGCCGAGACGCUGAGCGAGGGCAAGUAUGAGACCUGUCUCCCGCUAGAGUAUGUGAUGGACAAGACACACGACGUGCUGCUGGCGUAUGAGAUGAACGACUCUCCUCUUCCCCCGGAUCAUGGGUAUCCGCUUCGCCUGGUGGUCCCAGGUUACGUUGGGGGUAGAUGGGUGAAAUGGCUGGAAAAGAUCUGGGUCACAGAUAAAGAGAAUGACAGCCACUAUCAUAUAUGGGACAAUCGAGUCGUACCGGAGUUUGUAACGGAUAAGGAGUCAGAGCUGGCGGAGACGGUGUAUCGCAAUCCAAGUACAGCGUGUAUGGAACAGGUGCUGAACUCUAUUCUGGUCAGACCGGGCCCUAAAGAGAAGAUCGACCUUGUCAACGUGAAGAAGGGCAAGAAGUACCGAAUUCAAGGAUUCGCAUACAACGGCGGAGGCAACGAGAUACAGAGGGUCGAGAUCAGUCUCGAUGAAGGGGUCUCUUGGCUAUACUGCGCUCGACGGGUAAGGUACCUCCUUGCACAAGGAAGAGGAAUAGCUGACAGAAGUAGUACCCCGAACAUCCGCUGCGACAUGGGAAGAAAUUCUGGACAUGGCUACACUGGCAUCGAGAUCAUCAGGGUGCGUUGCUGGGAUGUGAACAAAAAUGCGCAACCGGAGCACCCGACUUGGAACCUCGAAGGGAUGAUGAACAACUGUCACUACACUGUCAAGUCAGAUAUUGUGGAAGAUGAAGAAUCUGGCAGGAUAUCCAUAAUUUUCCGACAUCCGUGCGAACCUGCUACAGGCGAAGGAGGAUGGAUGAAGCCGUCCGCUCAAAUCCAGGCAGAAGAAAUUCAGAGACAAGCAUCGACCCCAGGGAAGCAGUUCACUCGCGAGGAGAUUGAAAAACAUAGCACUGAGGACGAUUGCUGGAUCGUCAUCAACGGGAAUGUAUACGACGCUACGGGUGUUAUGAGCUGGCAUCCCGGGGGUAAGGCACCAAUUAUGGCACACGCCGGCCGGGUCCAUCAAGACACGACGAACGAGUUUGAGAGUAUACACGAUGACUUUGCAAAUUCUAAACUCAAAGAGUGCAUCCUAGGAACAGUGACGAAGAAAGCAAAAGACUUCAUGCAACAAGAGGUCAAAGUGAAGGCUAAAGAGCGAGCAAGCUCAUCCAAGCAGGAGGGUCAGAUAGCUUUGAAGCGCCAUAAAUGGACCCAAGCGCGAUUCGUCCGCAAAACACCCUUAUCUGGAGACACGAACCGAUAUACGUUUGAGCUGCUUGAAAGGACCAAGAAACUCGGUCUCCAAACGGGCCAGCACAUUCAGAUAGGGUUCCAUUUCAAAGAUCAGCUUGUCUUCCGCUCCUAUACACCCGUUAAACCGAUCAUGGAGGAAGAAGAAGACGGGACCUUCGAUCUCAUUGUGAAAACAUACUAUCCCGACCCCGGACAGCCCGGUGGCACGAUGAGUAACAUCCUUGACUGUCUGGCGGAAGGAGAAGAGGUCGAGAUCAAGGGCCCCGCAGGUGAAAUUGUGUACAAGGGUAACGGGACGUUCAAGAUCGACCACAAGGAGCGUACUUUUGAGCGGAUCACGCUUGUUCUGGGAGGGUCUGGAGUUACACCGGGGUACCAGGUCAUUGCAAAGAUCCUGUUAUCUGAUGGAAGGGAUAAGACCAAGAUCCGUGUUAUUGAUGGGAACAGGACGGAGAACGAUAUACUACUUCGCAAGGAGUUGCAGGAUUUCGCGAAGGAGCAUCCGGAGCAGUUCCAGAUUGUUCAUGUUCUGAGUCAUGCUGGAGAUGACUGGAAGGGCGAGAGGGGACACGUCAGUGCAGAAAUUCUCCAUAAGUUCGGGUUUGAACCCGACGAGAAGAGUGUUGCGUUGCUGUGUGGCCCGCCAGCGAUGAUACAAAAGGCAGUACUCCCCGCACUGGUCGACUGGGGAUACGAUCAGGACAGCAAUCUUUUUGGAUUCUAA